AUGGACGACUACUUCAAGGAGGGUGAGGAGAAGAGCCGGGCGCUAGACCACGCACCAAAGAGCUCCGGUACCGUGGCGCCACCACCCAAAGCAGGCGCACCACCGCCGCCCCCGCGAGCGGCUUCUACAGAGCCGCCCAAGGAGUGA